AUGUCCGAAUCAACUCCCCAGGAAUCCUUCGGCCACCUCCUCCCCCCGAGCUGGACAACCCAGGUCACCUCCUGGCUAGCCGAAGACACCCCCUCGUUCGACUACGGAGGCUACGUCGUCGGCGCCGCCCCGCGCACCGCGACCCUCUACGCCAAGAGUCCCGGCAUCCUCGCCGGCCGGCCCUUUUUCGACGAAGUCUUCCGCCAAUGCAGCUGCACGGUAACCUGGCACAUCGACGAAGGCACCCCGCUCGACCCUUCCUCCGACCCGACCAACAAGAUCCGCGUCGCCACCGUCGAGGGCCCGACGCGCAACCUCCUCCUCGGCGAGCGCGUCGCCCUCAACACCCUCUCCCGGUGCGCCGGCAUCGCGACCUCGACGCGGCGGCUCGUCUCCGCCCUCCGCGCCGCCGGGUACGACGGCAUCGUGGCCGGCACGCGCAAGACGACGCCCGGGUUCCGCCUCGUGGAGAAGUACGCCAUGCUGGUCGGCGGCGCCGACUCGCACCGCGUGGACCUCAGCGCCAUGGUCAUGCUGAAGGACAACCACGUCUGGAGCCGCGGGAGCAUCACCGAGGCGGUGCGUUCUGCGCGCCGCGCCGCGGGGUUCGCGCUCAAGAUCGAGGUCGAGGUGCAGAGCGAGGAGGAGGCCGACGAGGCCAUUGCGGCGGGCGCGGAUGUCGUCAUGCUGGAUAACUUUACGCCCGAGGGGGUGCAGGUGGCCGCUAGGCGUUUGAAGGAGCGGUGGGCGGGGAAGAGGCAUUUCCUGCUCGAGGUCUCGGGGGGGUUGAAUAUCGAGAAUGCGGCUUCCUAUGUUGGUCGAGACAUCGACAUCCUUUCCACCAGUUCUAUCCAUCAAGGCGUCCCUCAUGUCGACUUUUCUCUUAAAAUCGACCACUGA